CCUUCUCCCCUCAACUUUCCCCCCUUUUAAUUCCCUCCAUUUCACCCCAAAAAGAGGAAGAAGAAAGAAGACAUAAAACAAGGAGACUUCUCUGGCAUACAGAAGGCAAAUUGUUCAUAAAAUGGGAAAUUGCCUGUUUGGAGGCAUGGGAGAUGCAGAGGGAGUCAUAAAGGUAAUUACGUCGAACGGUGGCGUAAUGGAGUUUUCGGCGCCUAUGACUGCCGGAAUCAUCACCGAGGAGUUCCCCGGCCACGCGAUAUUCCGAACACAUGAUCUCUUUUGGAAGCCUCUGUAUCACCAAGACGAGCUCCUCCCAGGGAAAUCAUACUAUCUACUUCCACUCAACAACCCAGCUGUAGACACGACAGCCACGGCCGAUAUCAGCGGCCAAGUCGUCCGGCAAGGGCAUGUGAGGUCGAACAGCAUACCCACGUCGAUUGCACCUUAUAGGAUGUCGUUCGAUUAUCAGGGGAUGCUGAAGAGGUCAUACACCGAUGUUUUCUCGAGGUACAACAAAGGCGGCGGAUUUUGGAAAGUGAAAUUGGUUAUUAGCCCGGAACAAUUGGUGGAGAUACUCUCGCAAGAAGCACGGACGGAGGAGUUGAUCGAGAGCGUGAGAACUGUGGCGAAAUGCGGAAACGGAACGUCGUCGACGGUGGCGUUUUCCGAUCAGUGGAGCCUUUCGAGUAGUCGGAAUGCCUCCUCUUACUCCAAGAAGGAUGAUUUGCUAUUAGAGAUGUAGAUUAAUGGAAGAAUCAUGUACUUUACCAAGAACAAGAUGUAAUAGUAAUUUCAUUACAAAACCUAUAAACGAGCCUUUGAAUCUGUUAUUUUUAUGUACUGAUUGGAUAUUGUCCUAAUUACCUCUGUUUCAAGUCCCUGUUUAUUGUUUAGGUUUGGGUUUUCAACAACUGAAUUAAAUCAAUCACAUGGAA